AUGGCCAAGCUUGUUACUGCUGCUGAUUCACUUAGAAAAGAAGUUCUUUCGUUUCUAGAUACAACUGCAAAAGAAAUGAGAUGCGAAGAGUUGGCCAUUGACAUUCCACUGGUCAUGGAGCCAGCCCAGUGGAAUGAAUGUAGCAUCUACAGAGUCCCUAAGAAACUUCGCAGGGUAAACAAAGAAGCCAACACUCCAAAGUUAAUUUCCAUAGGCCCUCUUCACCACGGUGAAAAUGAACUAUGUGCCAUGGAAAUGCUGAAACUAAGAUAUCUCAGGGAAUUUUGCUAUCGUACUGGGAAAGACCACAAGGACCACAAGGAUAUUGCAAGUGUUAUUGAAGCAAAUGAACUAAAGAUCCGUCGUUGUUAUGAUGAGAUUUUUUAUAUUAGCAGCGAAGAUUUCGUGAAAAUGGUUCUAUUGGAUUCUGCAUUUAUCAUUGAGCACUUCUUGAAGUCUACUGUGUGUAGAGAAAAUGAAAGCAACGCCAGUGGAGAAGCUGGAAGCAAUGGGAAAGAAGAUAGAAACGAUUGUAUAACGAGUACACCAUUGCUGAGGAAGCACAUAACACAAGACUUGCUAUUACUUGAGAAUCAACUUCCAUUUUUUAUUCUUGACGAGUUAUAUGCAAAAUUUUUCAAUCCUGAACAAAACAAAUAUGGUUCCUUUCUUAUGCUUGUAAGUAAGUACCUUUUUCCCAAUAUCGAGGAGAAAGAAACAAUCAUUGAUGAGAAGGAAUUAGAAGUAAAACAUUUUACUGAUUUGAUGAGACAUUUCUACUAUCCAACCUAUUUUGAAAAUACUGGACCACCUAUUGAAACUCUUCAUAAUGCAAAAAAGCUAGAUGAGGCAGGAGUGGUAUUCAAAAAGCCUGAAGAGAGAAGACGGUUACUCGACAUAAAUUUCAAGAAAAGUAAGCUUACGGAAAUAUUUCCUUGCUUCACUUGCUCAUGGCUCUUGCAUUGCUUACCGUGCUUGGACUACUUUCUAUGCUUGGUGAAUACGCAAACUUUCUUAGAAGUCCCAUGCUUGGCGGUACAUGAUGAAACUGAAGGCAUUUUCCGAAACCUCAUGGCACUGGAGCUGUGUCAUUAUCCAUUUAAAACUUACAUAUGCAAUUAUAUAGUGCUAUUGGAUUUUCUUAUCAACACUAGAGAUGAUGUGGAGUUGCUUGUUGAGAAAGGGAUUAUUGUUAAUAAGUUAGGCAGCAAUAAAGCAGUUGCCACUAUGGUGAACAGACUUGGCCUACAAAUAGAGCAAAAGAGAUCCUGUUACUAUGAACUCGCUCAAGAGCUGAAUGACUACUAUGACAACGAUUGUAACCGUAAUAUGGGAUCCUUGAGAACAAUAUAUUUUGGUGAUAUUUGGAGAGGCACUGCAACUUUUAUUGGGGUCAUAGUCCUGCUUGUAACUUUUCUUGAAUUUCUUAAGGCCUUUUGUCCUCAAGAAUAUUUAAGAAUUUUCUUUGUGAUUUUAUCAAAUAGUUGGAAGAUUGGCAAUCGCUUGUAA